AUGAUGCGACUGGCUUGUCCUCGUCAUGGUUGUAGUAGAAGACUCUAUUUGAGAAGUACAAGGGUAUCACAACUUCCAUCUCUACAAGCACAGUCAGCAAGAUCCUUGUGGACGGUCCAUUCCGAGACUGGAAUAGUCUCCUGGAAGAAGGAACCUCGCUUUCAGACCAUUAUUGGAUUGGAAAUUCACUGUCAGCUGGAUAUUCCCACCAAACUAUUUUCGUCAUAUCCCACCAGCAACAACACCACCACUAGUACCGCCAAACCCAACUCGUUGGUGCAUCCCUUUGACGUGGCAGUUCCAGGAUUUUUGCCCCACGCGUCCCAAGAGGCCGUCCAAGCUGCCAUUUUGACCGCGGCAGCCUUGCAAUGUCAAAUCAACACCACCAGUCGAUUCGAACGCAAACAUUAUCAUUAUGCCGAUCUACCGUUUGGCUAUCAAGUCACACAACAACGAUGGCCCAUUGCGCAGAAUGGAAGUAUCACUAUCAUGGCUCCGCACACCAAAAAGAAGAACAAGAAGCAACAACAACAAUCAUCAUCACAACAGAUAGAAGUUGGAAUUGAUCGCAUCCAAUUGGAACAAGACACGGGAAAAACCACGACGUCUCUCACACGCAAUCACAACAACGGCAGCUGGUCAACGCGAUCCUUGGUCGACUUUAAUCGUGCGGGAGCGGCACUAGUCGAAAUUGUCAUGAAUCCCGAUAUUCGAUCCUCCCAACAGGCUGUCAGGACCGUGGAAACCAUGCGACAAUUGCUCCAACACAUUGGAACAUGCGACGGGAAAAUGGAAGAGGGAUCCUUGCGCGUCGAUUUAAAUGUCUCCAUUCAACCCAUCGAUACGACGUUUGUACCCAACCUCCAAAAUCGGGUCGAAGUCAAAAAUUUGAAUUCCUUGCGACAAGUCCAACAAGCGGCCGAGUACGAAGCAAUGCGACAAGCCAUGUUAGUGACGGAAUCUACGAUGGUCACAUUCCAAGAAACCAGAACCUUUCAUGUCAAAUCAGGCCAAACCGUCUUGAUUCGAUCCAAAGAAGGAGACGAAGAUUAUCGAUUCAUGCCCGAACCGGAUUUACCGCCAAUCGUAUUGGACGAAACGGUCUUGGGCGGACACAAUUCCGUGUUAGAUUAUUUGGCCGAGUAUCUCCCCGAAUUGCCAGAUGCGGCCAGAGAACGACUCGCACAAGAGUAUCAGUUGGAUGAGUACACGGCCCAUGUCAUUGCCGGGGAUCCUCCGGCCAUUCGAAUCUUUGAUCAAGCUGUGGUCACGGCACAAACGGCACUACUGCCCGACGACAAUAGUAGUAGUAGUAGAGAAAUUGCGCAAACCGUGGCCAAGUUCUUGUGCAAUGAUUUGUUUGCACUGAUAAGAGACGAGGAAGAUCGUCGUCGGGCAUACGAAGGAGCCGUGGCGGAUAAUAUUGGCGAGUAUUCCAACAUUACUGGUCCCCAGUUGGGGGAAAUUGUUGUCCUGUUGCUCAAUGGUACCAUUUCCACGACCAUGGCCAAAAAGUUGCUGGCUUUGUUGUAUCAAGAGGAACUGGGCCAGAGUCCAUUGGGAGUGGCAAAACGACAUGGCCUGCAACUGAUAUCGGACCACCAGACAUUAGAACGAUUGUGUCACGAGACACUGGAACAAAAUCCGGAACAACUGGAGCAAUAUCGUAGAGGGGGCAAGCACGUCGCAAAGAUGAAAAAGUUCUUGGUGGGCAAGGCCAUGUCGCACAGUCGAGGCAAUGCCCAUCCCGAACGAUUGCACGAAGCCUUGGAGGCAGUCUUGGAAGAAGUGGCUCCUGGAGUGCAGUGA